AUGUCCUCAUCUAUCACAAUUGGCCGGCCUGAGGUUUCCACACCAGAUGGCUUAGCGGAAAUCGAGCCGCUAACAGCACCUAAUAUGGCUGGACCCCUGAAAUAUACAAAAGUCCGGAAAUUCAACAAGAACUGGCAAGGGUACCAAUUGUCCACGAUGAACACGAUCAAUCGACGGAACGAGAAAAUGCGCCAGCACGAAGCUGCCGAACGACGAACGAAUUUCUUGUUAAAAUAUGCUGCCUCCCAAAACGACGGCGCAAAAAUUGUACAACUUUUACUGACGGGAUUGCAAAAACGGGAGUGGGACGAGAAAUUGGUUAUCACCGAUGGUUAUUUGAGGCUGGGAAACAUGUUCGAGGCAAAUUUAGCGACACCAAAUCCUCCCGAUCUGACGCAACUAUACGUUUCAACCCUAAACCUACUUAACUAUCCCAGUGCCAUUGAUGGGCAUAAUCUAGCGGCGGGGAUGCUGUUUUUAUGGAUGAAGGUCGAAAAAUGGGUGGAGCAGAAUCCCAGCAGAACACCCGAGAUGCAAGCCGACAUGCAGGCAUUGGCGAAAAAGUUCUCACGAAAGUUGGGAUUUCUGCGAUUGUCGAAAGUUAAUGCGCCUUUCUCCCUGACCCAGCGGGCUGCCAUGAGAAAGCGAAUACAACAACUAACGGGCCAAAGUGAUGAGCCGAAGAUUAUGUUGCCACAAAACGACUACGAUCUGAGUCUGAGCCUAGUCGACACGUUGCGCGAGCCGGUUAGGGCAGUCGAAUAUUCUGGGAACCCAUUCAAGGCGCGUGGCUUCAACGAGAAAAAUCACAAGCGCUUAUUUCGGAAGCAAUUGAGCGCUGUGAAAGAGACAUGGACAGAUAUGCCUAAUCCUUGCUAUGAGCCAGUGGCCUCACUUGUACAUGUCAUCGGCGCGGAAAAUAUGGCUGCCAUGAUCCACAAAUCCAUUUCUUGCAUUCUAGCGCAGGGAAGCGCUGUUGUUAUGCGGCAUUCUUUUCAGCGAACAAUUAUCGAACCACUCGUGAUGAAAUUCCAAAGAAUGUGUCUAGAAUCGGUUUCCCCUGAAGACGAUGAGGUUUUUGCCAAACUCUUUGCUGAUUAUUCACGUUACUUCUUCGAAAAAUCGCUCCCCUACACAUGGUUCUCGAUGGACGUCUAUCAGGAGAUUUCCAUUCAGCUGGAGACGCUCAUUUUCAAGAUAUUUUCAUUCACCGAACCUGCGAAGACUCAAAAUCGAUAUCCUGUUGAGAAGCCCGUUUUCUCGAUCAAGAACAUUUCUCAGGAGACGGAGGCAGCAAAAGAGGGCUAUGUGAAUGCUGCUGUGAUCGUACCGGCGAUCAAGAUCGCGCCCGAAUUUAUGGAGACGCUGAUGACGCACCGAUUCGAGCGGUUAUCCUUUCCCAGCACUGAGCUGCCAAUGGUGGUCCCGCCACGCCCGUGGAACGACUAUGGGAUCGGGGGCCCGCAAUACCAGUCCUCUUCACGUGUCAUCCGCAACGCCAGCGAGUUUCCCGAUUUCAAGUCGAACCAGGAGUGCCGACAACGACUGACACAACGACAACAAGCACGCCCCGUCUGGGAUGCGCUCAAUUUUCUCGGCUCUACACCGUGGAAGAUCAACGUGCCGCUCCUUGAUCUACUUUUGAAGGUCUCUAAAAUGGGAGAACGUGCCGAACACCGGGCACUAAUGAAACAACUAAACAUUCCCAUGUGCCCAAUGACGAUUGAAAGGAAUCAAGUGACGAUAAAAGCGCUUUUCGGUGAUUACCCUGGCUAUGUAGACAUGACCAAAGAAAACUGGACAGAGUUUCGCCGUCAGAAAUACUUGCUGUUCAAGGAGAGAAAUGAGGCACAUAGUCUGCGAUCGUAUCUCCUCUAUCGACUCGCUCAGGCCAACUAUUUCCGCAUGGACACGCUCUACUUCCCGCAUAAUAUGGAUUUUCGUGGGCGCGUUUAUCCGAUCUCUCCUCACCUCUCCCAUAUGGGCGAUGACGUCAACAGAUCUCUUUUAAUAUUUGCUAGAGGCAGACCCCUCGGAACAAACGGGUUGCAUUGGCUGAAACGGCACGUCAUCAAUUUGACCGGCCUCUACAAGAAGAAGAGUGUCGAGGAGCGGGAUAGAAUUGCGGACGAGCUACUCCCCAAAAUCUUGGCAUCGGCUGAGAACCCCCUCGACUGCGAAGGACAGUGGUGGAAGGAGUCGGAAGCACCCUUCCAAACCCUGGCUGCCUGUAUCGAGAUCAAAAAGGCGAUCGACUCGGGGAAUCCGGAGAAAUUUAUUAGCCAUCUUCCCAUCCACCAGGACGGCAGCUGUAAUGGGCUGCAGCACUACGCAGCACUUGGCCGCGACAAAGAGGGCGCUGCUGAAGUGAAUCUGCUGCCAGCCGACAUCCCCGGUGAUGUAUAUUCCUCGGUGGCGAAGCGGGUAGAACUCCGGCGACUGCACGACGAGAACGAGGUGUCGCCGUCCGCACAUAAAGUGGCGCGUGAGCUACGAGAAGCCAUGCCCCAGGAGGUGCCCAGGAAGGUCAUCAAGCAGACGGUGAUGACUACGGUCUACGGCGUGACGAUGCGAGGAGCCGAAAUGCAAAUUCUCAAGCAGCUGAAAGCCUUGGAACUCCCCGGAGACCUUAAAGCGUUCGCGAGAUACUUGGCCGAUUUGACGUUCAAGUCCUUAAACGACGCAUUCAAAAAUUCCAUGGAAUUGAAGGAGUGGUUCCGACAAUGUGCAAAGGGCAUCGCUCAACUGCACCGCACCGUCGAGUGGGUCACACCACUUGGGCUGCCUGUCGCCCAGCCCUACGUGAAGAUGGAGACGCACCGGGGAAUCCGCUUUCCGCGGCCUAUCGCCACCAAGCAGAUGUCGGCCUUUCCCCCGAAUUACGUCCACUCGAUUGACUCGACGCAUAUGAUGCUCACCGCGCUGGAAUGUGCAAGAAGAGGACUGACAUUUGCCGCUGUGCACGAUUGUUACUGGACCCAUGCUUCAAGCGUCGAAGAGAUGAACCAUUUAUGUCGCGAAACCUUCAUCAGGCUGCACUCUGAACCGCUCGUCGAACAGCUUAGCGAGCAGUUCAAGAAAAACUACCUACCAGAAGAUCUGCAAGAUCGUAUGGAUGACUUGGAACGAGAAUAUUACGAGGGGCUGCUAACGCCUCGCGUCCCGCCGGGCACCCUCGAUCUUUCAGAGGUGCGCAACUCGGUCUACUUCUUCAGCUUAGCGAGCAGUUCAAGAAAAACUACCUACCAGAAGAUCUGCAAGAUCGGGCUGCUAACGCCUCGCGUCCCGCCGGGCACCCUCGAUCUUUCAGAGGUGCGCAACUCGGUCUACUUCUUCAGU